ACAAGCCGUGUGGAUCGUCAAGAUGCUGCUUCUGAUCGGCUUUACCCUUCUUUUGCAAGUCUCGAGGGCUCUGUCGGACCCGGGCAAGGAUUAUCGGCACAUAUCCUACGAUGAUCUGGCGGGUAAGACGGUGUUCCAGCAGGAGGGCGUUGCGACCUACUCCCAGCUCUUGUUCGACGUCUCGAGGCAGCAGGUCAUAGUGGGCGCACGGGACAAUCUGUACUGCCUGACCCUGAGCUCGUUGACGCCACUGGAGCACGCGGUCUGGCCGGCGAGCGAAAAGAAGAUCAGCCAGUGCCAGAACAAGGGCCAGACCGCUGAGGCUUGUCGCAAUUACAUCAAGGUCCUACUGAGCAACGGCAAGAGGAUCUUUGCUUGCGGCACCUACGCCUUCAGUCCCCUGUGCUCGUGGAGAGAGAUCGACAACAUAAACAACUCGACGAGCACCCAGUCGGGUGUAGCCAUGUGCCCUUACUCCCCGUACUCCAACGUGACGGCGCUCCUGGUGAGGGGCCCUUCGGGGGGACUGUUUGCCGGCACGCCAACCGAGUUCUCGGGCAGCGACGCGGCCAUCUACCGCACCACCGUCCUCCCGAAUCUCAGGACGAGGCAGUACGACUCGAAGUGGCUGAACGAGCCCCAGUUCGUCGGGAGCUUCGAAACCGAGGACUACAUAUACUUCCUCUUCAGGGAGUCGGCCGUCGAGUACAUCAACUGCGGCAAGCGGGUUUACUCGAGAAUCGCUCGGGUGUGCAAAUACGAUCCGGGAAGUACGAUGCUGAUGAAGGACACGUGGACGACCUUCAGCAAGGCUCGGCUCAACUGCUCCCUACCCGGGGAGUUCCCGUUCUACUACGACGAGAUUCAAGGGGCCGUCUACGAGCCCGAGCAGGGCGUCGUCUACGCCACCUUCACCACGCCCAGCAACGCGAUAGCCGGAUCGGCGAUCUGCGCGUUCAACAUGUCGGCGAUCCUGGCGGCGUUCGACGGGCCCUUCAAGCACCAGGAGAACUCGGGCGCCGCCUGGGAGAGGAAGACGGUGGCCCGCGAUGGCCAACAACAGUGCGGUCCCGGGAGCGAGGCCACGUCCGGCUACUCCUCGAAUCGCAUAAGCGACAACCAGCUCUACCAACUGAUGGACGAGGCCGUCCAGGGGGUCACGCGCAAGCCACUCCACACCGUCAUACUCGAGAGGUUCACCCACUUGGCGGUAGACGUGACGGCGACAAAGUCCGAUAAGGCCGUUGCCGUGCUGUACGUGGCGACCAGUGAGGGUCUGGUGAAAAAAAUAUCCCUCCUGCCCGAGGCCACGGAGGCUUGCGUCGUCGAGGUUUGGGGACCCCUGCCCGCAGCUCCCAUAACCAUGCAGUACUUGAAGGAAACCAAGAGUCUUUACGUGGGCAUGCAGCACGCCCUCCUCAGGAUACCAACGUUGCAGUGUCACCGGCACCUCACGGCCCAGUCGUGCCUGGACGCCCAAGACCCGUACUGCGGCUGGGACGAGCACCUGCUCAAGUGCAGCGGGCCCCCGGCCGAGUCGUCGAGCAGCGGUAGCAGCCUCGGGCUGUGGCGCCAGGAGGUGAACCGUUGCCCGGAGCUCGAGGUGCCGCGUCCGGGUGGCUGGGGCGUUUGGGGCCCGGGGUUCAGCUGUCCGCACGGGCCGGAGGCGUCGGCCGAGGCCGGUCACUGCGUAUGCCAGACGCGCGCCUGCGACAACCCCCCGCCCCGCAACGGCGGCCCCGACUGCCCCGGGAGUCCGGUCCGCGUGGCCAAUUGCACCCAACACGGGGGCUGGAGCGCCUGGUCGGCGUGGUCGAGCUGCGGCCAGAGCUGCGGCCCCGCCAUCAAGACCCGCCGGCGCACCUGCACCAAUCCCGCACCUGCGCACGGCGGCCGCGUUUGCCUGGGCAGCGAGCACGAGGAGAGGUUCUGCGUCGAGUUGCCACCGUGCCCCCUGCCCGCCCAACCGACCCCCAGGUCAUGGUCCAACUGGGGUCCCUGGUCCACCUGCUCGAGGCUCUGCAACGGAGGCACCCGCACGAGAACGAGGAGCUGCGAGCCGCAACCCACCGCGGCGCACGGUGACGCUUCCUCCACGCAAGAAUGCACUGGCUGCAACUUCCAAGUCGAGGAGUGCAACAAGCAGUCCUGUCCGGAGAUCAAAAAGAGCUACACGUCGGCGUGGCUGCAGACGACGAGCGGAGCAGGCGGCAACUCGUCGGCGGCCGGCCACAGCGAGCGCCGUUACCGGUUCACCUGCCGCGCCCAAGCCGACGAGCCGACGAGCGUCAAGGUCCAGACCAAAGUCGAGGAGCGCUACUGCAGAGCAGACGGCUUUUGCAGCAGAAAGGCCAUCGGCGGUGCCCAGACCGCGUCAUCCUCGGGACCGCCUACAUCAGCCACGGAGGACCCUUGGGCCGACUGGUCCUCGUGGUCGGGCUGCAGUCAGUCCUGCGGCGGUGGCACGCAGUACCGAAUCCGGCAGUGCAGGUCGGCCAGUUGCGAGGCUCAGGGCUUGCAAACCGAGAAUCGGGCCUGCAACAGUCAGCCCUGCGAACAGCAGCACCACCACCACUACCGCGGUGGGAUUUUGCAACGCGACAGCGUCGAGCCGGCCGGUGGAAUUAGUAAUCUUCCCACCGAUUAUUCCGAAAACGAUGUGAACGCGCUACCGGCGAGAAUCGAGUCGAGCAGCGUGUCCUUCGCCGCGGCGGCCACCAGUUGUUUUGCCGCCUUCGUUACGGGUUUGCUUCUAACGGCGCUUGGGAUUUAUUACUACCUGAGGCGCAGGAAGGAACCCAUUCCCAGCAGUCCGCACUACAUCAGCCGGCAAAAUCCAUACGUGACGGUGCCAUUGAAGGAGAUCAACACGAAGCGCCAGCCGAGCUUUUCCGGCAGCAUAAACGGGACUCUUCGCAAAAACAAUGCGAUGAUCAACGGCUACGGCAGCCCGAAGCUUUACCCAAAGGCGCUCGAGUACGAGUCGGCGACCCUCAAGCGCAACAGUCGCGAGCAGCACCUACGCGCCGAGCUCGAUCAGGAAAAGUACUACUGAACUUGCAAAGAAUGUAAGAAUGAAAGAGAAGGAGAGAGUAGCUCGUUUUUUAAAUACUAUAUGUUAUCGAUUGUUUGUAUAACUGUGCCCGCGAAUCGUAAAGUUGACGAUUCGAAAAGCCGCGUGCACGGCUUUCGUUUGGAAUGUCCGGGGCCGCAUUUUCCUGUUCAAAAAUGAAAGGAGCACCGGGGCAAGGGGGGUAAUGGCUCUCUUGCGGACGGGAGGCUAUGGUGGCAAUUGUUUUAUGCAGCGAAUAACUUGGUAACCAGAGAAAUCAACAAAGUGACUGUGUUGUCAAGCAGGAGCAACUCUCUCUUCACUUCUUUCUGAAGACUCGAACCUCUCACACCGUUUCUAUUUUCCUCCGUUAU